UUUUCAGUGAGCCUGGGGGUUUGUUUUAACGGUCAGUAGACGGUCACUUUGUUUGCUACCCGGUAAAAUGAAUUUUGCGCUGCAUUAAAUAGAAAAUAAACAUAAAAAUUCACAGUUGCCGACUGUGUUGAGUGAAUAAAAGCGUUCCCAAGUGCGCGUUUAAUCGAAUAAGCUUUCAUAGAAGGUGGUGGCAAGUGAAUCCAAUCCAUCAUCGAUUUUUUCUGAGCUGCCGCUGCCACAUUAACACAGGGCUCAGAAAAGCGAAAUAAACAGAAAUGUCGCGCCAUCCGAGUGAUAGGAAGGUGUAUGUGGGCGAUCUAGGCAACAAUGCACGCAAAAACGAUCUGGAAUAUGUGUUUGGGGCGUACGGAAGUCUGCGCAGCGUAUGGAUAGCCCGCAAUCCACCGGGCUUUGCCUUCGUUGAGUUCGAGAGUGCCCGUGAUGCGGCGGAUGCGGUGCGAGGACUAGAUGGGCGAACGGUUUGCGGACGCCGAGCUCGUGUAGAGUUGUCCACUGGAAAGUACGCCAGAUCUGGUGGUGGUGGUGGUGGUGGCGGUGGUGGUGGCGGAGGAGGAGGAGGUCCCGGAGGACGCGACCGUGGUGGCGGCGGCGGUGGUGGCCGUGGCGACGAAAAAUGCUACGAAUGUGGUGGACGCGGUCAUUUUGCACGCCACUGCCGCGAAAGAAAGGCUAGGCAGCGACGCAGAAGCAAUUCGUUCAGCAGAUCUCGCAGCACAUCCCGUCGCAGAAGGACUCGCUCCAAGUCCGGCACCCGUUCCCGCAGUCGCUCCGCCGGCUCGGUAGGUCGACGCUCCGGCCGCUCAAACGGACGGGACGAGAACGGAUCAGCGUCUCGGUACAGCGACCACGAGCGCAAUGGAAGCGGAGCGGUGGAGUCUCCACCUCCGCCAAAGCGGCGCUAUACUGAUGAUGAUGAGGACAGGGUUAGGGGAUCGCCGCGGUCACGUUCUCGAUCUCGAUCGGCAUCACCGGCAGCGCGCCGUGGAUCGCCGCCCAGACGUCGCGGCGACUCUUCCGUUUCACGGUCCGUCUCCAGGGACUAGCGACACCGAACGAAUGCAGACAAAGCCCGGCAGGCGAAGAUGAGGGCCUGAGCUGCACCCCCAACGAAUCCGGCAAAGUGGGGACACCACACACUGGACUCCUCCCCUCAUUCCCAAAAAACAACCUCACGUGUAACAAGACAGAUUCCCAAAUACUUUUUCAUACAGUAUCCAUCUACGAUUUAGUUGUCCAGAAUCAUAUUAGUUAAGGGUUUUUAAUUUAUAGUGUAACACGAGUUUGCAUAUUUAGGUAUUCUUAUGUUUCUACACAAGCACAUGCAGUACACUUCGGAGAAUCAUUUGACGGAAAGAAGUAUAAGAUAUAGAAAUGGAUCGGCAGCCGCAGAUUAUCGAUCUAGUCAAGAUUGCUAUGUAAAUUGAUUUGCCUUGGAAUUUGUUCGCUAACCCUGAAAUUAUACUCGAAUAUGCAGGAGACGAAGCAUCGCCACCAUUUUUAUGUCAAUUCUCUACACAUUUCUCAAUUUAUACUACUCAAUACACUUGAUUAUUCGAGUCCAAACUCUGUAUGAUGUGUUUCAAUAUUGGUAAUAAUUAAGUCUUGCAAAAGUGCAUAAUAAUUAUUCAUACAUUGAUGUCGUAGUUAAGUAUUAAACAAAUACAUAUGUAUGGAUUCUUGAGAUGUGUGUUUGAAAUUAUAUAGCAAAUGCGCUGAACACUAAAAUACACAAAUAUUCAAUCAAUAAAUUAAAUGCCAAAA